AUGCGGCUGUUCAAGUCCAACAAGUCGCAGGCCUCCCUCGAAGAUCGCGGCCCUGAGCAGCCCGAGGCGGCCCAAGCCCACUCCCACUCCCACCAUUCUCAACACCCGCACAGCGGCCUCUACGGCGGGUCCCAAUUCGACCUGACCCCUGAACGCUACAACCAGCAGCCACAGGACGAUAACCUCAACCAGUACCAGUUCCAAGAGUCCCAGCCUCAGACUCAGCCUUAUCGCGGCCAACAUCUCAGUCGCAGCCAAAGCAGUCGCAUCCCCUCCUCCAGCGAAGUGUAUGGCGCGCAGCGGCCCAGCGUGAACAUUGUACCACCUCUGUCACCCCCCGCUGCAGUGCCUGAAGGCCCGGAGCCCGUGCCAGGCCAGACAACGUUUGGUCAGUCGAGACACGUGCGGUCCGAUCGGGAGAAAGAUCAUAAGAAGUCCAAACGCAGCUUCAUUUCAGGGCUCAUCAAGGACAAGUCCAAGGACGAAGAGAAGGAAAAAGAGAAGGAUAAGGAAAACGUUCAGUCUGAACGCAAGAUCGGUCGCUCGAGCUCUGUACAUCUGCUGCGAAAGUCUCAUCUAUCCGACCAGGAGUCGUACUCAAAACAGACCUCACCACAGUCUCAAACAAGACAUUCCGGGUUUUGGCCAGGCGCCGACCUGGCAUCUCCAAACCAGACCUCCGGUCAGGCACAGUACGAGCAGUACCAAAGGAACCAGCGUCAAUUCGACUCUCCCCAGAGCCAGGCUACUCAUCAGUCGGUCGACUACGCUGAGGACGUCCCUCAAUUCAGUCCACGACAGGAGGAAUACCAAGCAUAUCACCGACCAACUGAAUCUCCCAGUCAAUCGGAACACUAUUUACCAUAUCAAAAGCCUCCCUCUAGAUCAAGUAACGCGGAGCCUGACCCACACCAGCACCUUCGUCCCCCUUCACAGGCUUCACUAGGACCGCCCUCUCCUGUGACUGCCGGUCCGCAUACCCAGUCUCAAGAUUCCCGCCCCUCAACGGGUGCGACCGACAGAUACUCUGUCCAGUCCACAAGCCAGGCUCAGGCACAACAACACCAACAGCAGCCGCAGCAGGCUGUUAUGGCACGCGGCGAGCCACCCAACGGAGGUCUUCGCCCACAACUUUCGCAGCGGGACACCCGCACCGAGGAACACUCCCAGUAUCAAAGCCAGCAAGAUCCCCGGGUGAGGACGGCACAGAAAAAUCCCGAGCAAGGAAGGAGUACUCCCCCGCCCAGGAGCAGGGAAGAUGUCAGCCAACUCGAUUAUCACCAGCUCCUUCAACAGCAUGAACAACUACAAGCCAAAUACUCCAAGGUCAAGCGGUAUUAUUUUGAGCGAGAGGCACAAGUGACUCAGCUACAGAACACCGUCGCCACCCAACGUCUGUCCAUGUCACGGACCUCUUUAGACGACGCGCAAUACACGGCCAGAUUCGAGAGACUGAGUCAAGCCAUCAACAACCUCUCCUUCAAUAUCCGCAAAAACUGGCGUGCCAUCCCCUCCUGGCUCCGGCAUGUCUGUAAUCAAGAUGCGCAUACAGUGGGAACCAAGGAAAUGACCGCCAUCGGCCGAACGUGCAUUACCCGCUGGCUGUAUGAAAGUAUUUUCCAAAGUAUAUUCCACCCUGGCAUUGAUCCGACGUUGUCAGCCCAGUUGAAGAAUCUGGAGCGGAACCUGAGACGCUCAGGACAGAAUGGUUUCUUGACGGACGAACAGCGUGACGAUCUUACUACAAAAAUCACCGCCUGGCGAUUGACCACCAUUGAAGGGCUGCAGGAUGUGCUCAAUUCACCACAGGCCGAACAGUAUACGCAGAACUUAACGAACAUUCUCACUCACCAGCUCACGGAAUCACUCAAAUCUAAUCUCACCGACCCACCCCCUCCUGGGUUGAGCGAAAGUGUCAACAUAGUUGUUGGCCAGGCGGUCGGUAUCGCGGCAAAUAUACCUCUCGAGUCUCGGGACAUCUGUGUGGAAUACUUUAUGCCCGGCACCCCGAUCAACGAAACAUACAUGAAAGUCGAGCAGUCGCUUCCACAGUUGACCAACCCCGGCGUACAUGAGCGCGUGGCUGCCGCGCAGUCACAAACAAAGCCAGAUGGUAGGGAGGGCGACAGCAUAAGUAUGGCAAGUACAGAAGACGGACCUCGCGAGCGAGAUGUCGAGGCUGAAAUUCGAGAGGCUGCAGGCAAAGCCGCCUUGCAAACAGCGGCACAGGGUGGCAGUGGAGCUUCUAGUGGGCCGCAAACGCGGAACGAUAGUGUGGCCAGCCAAAGCAGUCAAGCUACCAUCAAGAACCAGGAGGAGAAGCAGUCUAAGAAAUCCAGCUUCUUGGGAGGAUUUGUGGGGAAGAAGACAUCGUCCACGCGCAACGAUAACCGCAGUGCAGGUGGCGAUGCAAAUGUCCACAACGAUGAGCAACGUGGAAAUGUCAGAGAGAGCACGGCCGUCGAGUCUGCACCACCGGGGCAUGCCCCAGGUGCAAAUGAAGGCCGGAUCCGGUUUGCCGCGUUUCUUGCUGUCGAGGUACGUGGCAAAGGCCCAGGAUCUAAUACUGGUGGCAGCGGUGGCUCGGGCAAGGAAUCUGGAUCUGCCGCAGGAGGAAUCAACCAGUCUUCUGUCAAUGUUCUUUUCAAGGCUCCAGUGUAUGAAUACUGA